UCUAAUGUCUGGUUCUGCGGUGUAAUCGUGCACGGCAUUUCGUUGUCCUGCAGUGUUCUUAUUUUACAUAUUUAAUAUUUUGUGCAGGAGAUCUUCCAAAUUUAAGUCAAAAUUUCCUUUGGAAUUGUGCAAUAAUAUGUACAGAUGUAAUUAAAAUAGUUCGCCAGGCGGUAUUUCAAUUGGAUAUAUGUAUUUUAAUAUUACGAGGACCGCGUGUACUCAAUCAUUUGUGGCAGCAGUAUUUUGAGAUAAAAGAAGAAUAUCGGGAAAUCAAGCUAGUACUUUUGCAGUGUAAUCGAAAAAAACGUGUUCAGACAUGAAUGAUUCGCAGCAGGCCUCAUGCUCACGAAAGCCAGCUUCCACAAAUUUAAGCGAAUACAACAUUGCCUCGAAUCCACCAAUGCUCAACCCUGAAGAGGCAGAGGAAGAUCGCAAGCAUAUGCAGAAGAUCAUAGCAGCUUUGCGCUAUUAUCAAAAAUACUGCUAUGCGCGCGUAAAUAAGACUGAAAGCUACCUCAACAGUCUUCCUAAACGUCAUCAGGACAUGUUGGCCAAGUAUCGCAAUCAUUUGCGUGUUAUAAGAGACUGUAUCGAUGAGAAUCAGAAGGUUAUCAGGAAAAUGUUGCGCGACAAUGUCGAUUUUAUUGAUAUGGACGGUUCCGAACAGAUGUACGUUGCUCAGCAUGACAUCGAUGGGCAUGCGACCAAAAUUAGGCGUCAAGAUAUGGAACAUGCAACAGAGCAAGCUGAUGUUGAACCUUUUAAAAUUUUAAAGGCCCAAUCGACAUUAAAGUUAAUUGCGCGCGAUUGGAGUGCAUCCUGCGCCGAGGAGCGUGAACAAUCGUACAAACCGAUCAUCGAUGCUAUCGAGGAGUUUUUUAAGCCUAGCGAAUUUGAACUUAAUGAAGUGAAAAUUCUUGUACCUGGUGCUGGGCUUGGACGUCUAACCUAUGAACUAGCCUACCGUGGCUAUGAAUGUGAAGGCAAUGAAGUUUCCUAUUUUAUGCUAAUAGCCUCAUAUUUUGUCUUAAAUCUCUGCACUGAGGAAAAUAAGUACACGCUAUAUCCCUGGGUGCAUCAGUUCGUAAAUAAUUUACGUAUGGCAGAUCAAGUGAUGCCCAUUCGGUUUCCUGACAUUUGCCCAGCGAAAAAUCCACCUAAGGGCAACUUAAUGAUGGCAGCAGGCGACUUUUUGGAGGUCUACAAAACGCCUAACAGCUAUGAUUGUGUCGCCACUUGCUUCUUUAUCGACUGCGCUAAUAAUAUUGUGGACUUUAUUGAAACUAUUUUUAGAAUAUUGAAACCAGGCGGCAUUUGGGUGAAUUUGGGCCCACUACUUUAUCAUUUCAGCGAUAUACAGGGCGAGAAUAGCAUCGAACCUACUUUUGAAAAUUUGGAGGUAAUCAUCAAAAUGGUUGGCUUUGAAUUUCUUCGUAGCCAAACAGGCGUACGCACUAAAUAUGCACAAAACCCACAAUCCAUGCUUAAAAGUGAAUACGAAAGCUUAUUUUGGAUUUGCCGCAAGCCAGAAAAUGCAGUUGACCGCAUUGACGAUUCAUCGCAUUGCGAUGAUGAAUCUGAUGAGCUCAUUGAUGGCGGCGUUGGCAGUAGCAACAACAGUAGUCGCUAUGAAGAUAACUACAGCAAUGGCUAUAGAAACGCAUACCAACAUCAAUAGUAUUGACGGCAGUUCAAACAGCUGCUAGGCGUCAGCGGUGACAGUCAAGGGACGACAAAAGGCGCAAGGUAUUAUCACAGAAUAAACAGUAUACAGAAGACGCACCACAUACAAAUUUAUUUUUCUUCGGCGGACGUAAUAUUACAAUCCGGACCAGAGCAGAGAAGUUAACAUCACAUCCACUGUGAAUAACAUGAAGUUAAAUCUCGCCACAAACACACAUCGUGAUCAGCGUUGCCGGAAGCUUGAAAAAAAAUGUAUUAGUUGUUUAUUCUGUGGUAUUAUCUUGCCUAACACUUAGUUAUUAGUCAUUUUGCAAUCCUAUUUUUUUGUUUUUUGACACAAACAACAAAUUUUUCCACAUCCCCGUAAGCGUACGCAAAUCAGAAUGACUAUGUGUUCAUAAAAAACACAACUCGCUUGAUGACAACAAAGUUGUACGUAUAAUACGGGGCCUGUUCGAGGCACGUAAUAAAAGCGGCAAUACUGCAGCACUGAUGAAAAUUUGCAAUACUGUUGCAACUUCCCAACUGAUAAAACGUUGCUAGAAAUUCACACCGAUCGUGAUACUUUAAUAAUUCGCGCAACAUUGCGUUUGUGAUUGCCUCUCGAACAAGCCCAUGCUCUCUUUUAUGAUCGAGUAGUAUAAAUAUUGAAUAUUAGGCAUAUGAAAUUGAAUUCUUUAACAUGGAAUAUGUUUUUAAGUUUAAUUAAAGCAUUAUGCAAAAGCAUAAAACACGAUACUAUAGUAGAGUAUGUUUGUAAUUUUAAGCAAAGUAUUACCGGAACCAGAACUAUGAUUUCAAAAUCUACAAAGUUGCAAAAAUAGUUGGUAGAACACACUUCACGAAAUGAAUGAAAUAAAAAUUUUACCUGUAUUGAAAUUA